GGGGAAUUUCUGUUUAUUUUCGUGGCCACUAGUUAAACGUGUAGUAAUGAUAUUAUAGGUUCACAUAUUAGUAUAUUUAAAAACAACGGGUACAGGGGUAAGUGCUUUUCUUUUAUGCUGUUGUGACAUUUGUUACGACGUAUUGGAGCUCGUCCGUCAGAGGAGAAGGGUAGCUAACAGAAGACUUGCCAAACAUCAUUAAUGCAGGCUAGUUAUCUUUAGCAUAUCGUUAUUUAAGAGGCUUAAGCCACUCACUUAUCAUCUUAUACCACUGGGACGAACGCUGCAUCGCAGGUAAAUCUCUGUUGCUAACUCUGGGCAGAAUUGGAUCACCAGUACAUUCACCUUGACAAGUCUACUGUGAAAGACUUAAAGGGCACAACUUAAAGUCUCCCAGAGGUUGCAACUAAGGAGCAAGAUGUCAAUCACAAACACUCCCACAAGCAAUGAUGCCUGUCUGAGUAUUGUGCAUAGCCUGAUGUGCCACCGACAAGGAGGGGAGAGUGAGAGCUUUGCUAAGCGAGCUAUUGAGAGUCUUGUCAAGAAGCUAAAGGAAAAGAAAGAUGAGCUGGAUUCCCUCAUCACAGCCAUCACCACCAAUGGAGCUCAUCCUAGCAAGUGUGUGACCAUUCAGAGAACUUUGGAUGGACGCUUACAGGUGGCAGGGCGCAAAGGUUUUCCCCAUGUUGUCUAUGCCCGACUCUGGCGAUGGCCUGAUCUACACAAGAAUGAACUAAAACAUGUCAAAUAUUGCCAGUAUGCCUUUGACUUGAAAUGUGACAAUGUUUGUGUCAACCCGUACCACUACGAGAGGGUCGUAUCUCCAGGCAUCGAUUUAUCAGGGCUGACCCUUUCAGGUUCACUGACGGUAAAGGAUGAGUAUGACUUUGAGCAAUCAAGCUCUGAAAGCCACCUCCAGCCCCUUUCGAGACCCUGUCCACAGGAGAUCUUCAGCAGCCCCUCUCUGCUCCCCCCAUCGGAGGGCGGCAGCUCAGCUUCAAUCUCUGCUUUCUCCACGCUCAGUGCAGGACCCUCAAAUUCCACCCCCAAUUGGAACAGAAACAGCAGCUUCGCCCCAGCAGGGCCUCCGCAUCAGAACGGGCAUCUACAGCAUCACCCACCCAUGCCUCACACAGGGCAUUACUGGCCUGUGUCCAAUGAAAUUGCAUUCCAGCCCCCAAUAUCCAAUCACCCCUCUCCAGAAUACUGGUGCUCCAUUGCGUACUUUGAGAUGGAUGUCCAAGUUGGAGAGACAUUCAAGGUGCAAUCCACAUGUCCGAUAGUGACUGUGGACGGCUACGUUGAUCCGUCAGGGGGGGACCGCUUCUGCCUGGGCCAGCUGAGCAAUGUCCACAGGACGGAGAACAUAGAGAGAGCCAGGCUCCACAUCGGUAAAGGCAUGCAGCUGGAGUGCAAAGGUGAAGGAGACGUGUGGGUGCGCUGUCUGAGUGACCACGCGGUGUUUGUGCAGAGCUAUUACCUGGAUCGAGAGGCGGGAAGGGCCCCCGGGGACGCAGUUCACAAGAUCUACCCCAGCGCCCACAUCAAGGUGUUUGAUCUGCGUCAGUGCCACAGGCAGAUGCAGCAGCAGGCGGCGACGGCUCAGGCAGCGGCUGCAGCGCAGGCUGCCGCCGUGACCGGGAACAUCCCCGGCCCGGGCUCUGUGGGAGGCAUCGCCCCCGCCAUCAGUCUGUCUGCUGCAGCUGGUAUCGGGGUGGACGACCUGCGCAGGCUGUGCAUUCUGCGCAUGAGCUUCGUGAAGGGCUGGGGGCCCGACUACCCACGACAAAGCAUCAAAGAGACUCCCUGCUGGAUUGAGAUCCAUUUGCAUCGAGCUCUGCAGCUGCUGGACGAAGUUCUGCACACCAUGCCCAUAGCUGACCCCCAGCCCCUUGACUGAGUUAAAAGACAUGAACUGUACUGAAAAAAGAUAAACAAUCAGACCGUACUUAUUGCUACGAGCGGUGACCAAAAUACUGAGUGAGACUCCAGGUCUGAGAGUCAGUGACUUCUAUCAGCUGAAGGAGAUGCAGUACUCUGGAAACUGCCAACAGGAGGGGAAAGGAAGCCAGGAUUCUGACAUGAGUCACCAAUUGGAACUGCAUUACAGCAUGAAGUCAAAGUGGAUUCAAGAAAUCUCACUCGAUGAUAUGAAUGAAAAAACGUAAGGGAUUAAAACAGGCAAAAAUCAAUUAGCCUAGGUGGGAGAGAAAAUACAUACACAACGAGAGAGUCUACGGCGUCAAACACAAGCAUUCAUACUUGGCUGUCAUCUGUUUUUAAGUGUGAACAAUCCCACAGUUGUGAACUGAAGAGCCCCCGACUGAAGAAAACUAGGCGAAGCUGAGCACAAUUUGAUGUAAUGGAUGAAAACGUGUUCUUCACCUGUCUGAAUAUCCUAAAUGUCAUUUCAGGAGUAAACUGCUGAUCCAGUCCCCCCGCUCUGCGCUGCUUACAGGGCUUAAGUGGAGUUUCUCACAUCACAGAUCAGGACAUUCAUGACAAAUCAUGUUAUUCAUCACUUAUGUUCUUCUAAGAUGUGCUCUUAAAUAUUCAUCAAUCAUGGCGGUCCUUGUUUGAUGUUUUUUAGAUUUAUACUAUCCUUUUGAAUAGUUGUUUUUUACUGAGAUAAAGAGCAUUUGAAGAGCCGAGGUUAGCUAACCACAGCUUCUCUUUGAACACCAUAAAACCUUUAUUCAAAGGUUAUUGUCAGACCACCAGCCAUGGUUGUUGUGACAUUGAGAAUGGAUCUUCUACUGUUUUUCAGAUACCAAAAUCACAUUGGAAUUAAUCAAGAAAAGGUUAUAAUAACGCAUACAAAUAUUACCCAUAACUUUCAUUUCUUUUUAAUUAGAUGCCCCCAUUAGCACUUUAUUAAUUUUGUAAGUAUUUUGUCUUCUUUCAUGGUCUCAUGCAUGGUUACUUUAUAUCCAAAUUAUUACUUAAAGAGUUUUCUUGAUGAUUUCCUUGGUAUGAUCCAUGGAAAAUGUGUUUUAAAUUGUCUUGCCAACAUCUGUGUCAAAAACUCAUUCACAACAAUGUGUAUUUAGCUCCAUUCUCGCCAAAAUAAUGACUGAACAUAUUUGGGUUGUGGAGUAAGAUUGGUUUAUAAAAUGUUAUAUCUUUUCUGUUUGAGGUAAAACUACCUUACACAACCACCUUUCAAACGUACGGGCUGUGAAUCUCUGGGACUGAAGUGAUGCAUUUUGGGUGGAACAAAAGGCCCAUUUUAAUUGCGUAUUACUUGGAUGACACUUACUGUGUCAUAUUCUGGACAUCAGCUGACUAAAGUAGGCAAAGGAAGAACUGUGAGAGGAAGUGUAAGCCAUAUUAAUGCCAAAUAAACCCUAUGUGAAGUGAAAAGUGUAUCAGUUUUAAGGCUGUGCCACUUGUAAUGACCAACUGAAAGAGUUCAGUUUUAGCUCUGCAUAAUUAAUCAACAAUAUUUUGGUACUUGGAGCUUUGUUUACCUACAGCUGUUAGUGUUUUAUACUCUUUUGCUACCUUUACAGUGAUAAAACCAUAUAAUGCUGUACAUUUUUCAGGAUAUGCUUGCUCAUCUUUGUCUUUACGAUUGUGUCAAACAUUUUCUGAAUAAGCGUUGGAAUGCUAACAUGGUUGAAUAAAAUUCAAUGGGCUAAAACUGUGAA